CACCACCACAAAUUAUUAAUAGGUAAGAACAACCCAAACAGAGCAUUUACCAUAUUGUUUCAGAGCGGAGGAGCUAGAGACAGAGGAGGGGGGAGACAGAGGGGGCGAGGAGUGAGAGGCGAUGACGACUCGAAUAGCUCCAGGCGUGGGAGCGAACCUGCUCGGCCAACACUCCGCCGAGAGGAACCAAGACGCCACCGCCUACGUCGGCAAUCUUGAUCCUCAGGUAACUGAAGAGUUACUCUGGGAGUUGUUUGUUCAAGCAGGCCCUGUUGUAAAUGUGUAUGUUCCCAAAGAUAGAGUCACCAAUCUUCAUCAAGGAUAUGGCUUUGUAGAAUUCCGAAGUGAAGAGGAUGCUGAUUAUGCAAUAAAAGUUCUGAAUAUGAUUAAACUUUAUGGGAAGCCAAUAAGGGUGAAUAAGGCAUCCCAAGAUAAAAAGAGCUUGGAUGUUGGAGCUAACCUUUUUGUUGGAAACCUUGAUCCUGAUGUGGAUGAGAAACUUUUGUAUGAUACUUUCAGUGCAUUUGGAGUCAUUGUUACGAACCCCAAGAUAAUGAGAGAUCCAGAGACGGGGAACUCCCGUGGAUUUGGUUUCAUUAGCUAUGAUUCUUUUGAUGCAUCUGAUGCUGCAAUAGAGGCAAUGAAUGGUCAAUAUCUUUGCAACCGGCAGAUAACAGUAUCCUAUGCAUACAAGAAAGACACAAAAGGGGAGCGUCAUGGUACCCCAGCAGAAAGAGUUUUGGCUGCCAGCAAUCCAACUGCCCAAAAAAGCAGGCCUCACACCUUGUUUGCGAGCGGGCCUCCUACACUUCCCAAUGCUCCUCAGGCCAAUGGCACCAUCAGUACUCCAAUUCCUCCACGCCCUUUUGCAAAUGGCUCUCUUCCUCCACCACCAAUGGCACCGCUCCGGCCACCCACACAAGGUGGAGUCUUCCCACCCAUGCCAAUGUCUGGUCCUCCGUCUUGGCAGGGGCAGCCUCAGCAACCUGGUCAAGCAAUGCCACCUCCUUCCAUGCCACCACUGCCCUUUCAGCAGUUCAGGCCGCCGCCACCAAACAUGCCACCACCACCUUCACAACUAGCUCCUCUAGCAUUUACAAGGCCGCCUCCACCACCAACUGGAAUGUCUAUCCCUCAACCUGUUUGGCGGCCACCGCCACCGCCUCAGCAGCUGGUGGGGAGGCCCCCUUCUAUGCCACAGAUGUCAAUGCCACCACCUCCCCCAUCCCAUGCUCCACCUCCGCCUCCAUCAAGUUGAAAGUUGAUCAAAAGUGCACGUUGUGGACAUUUUACUGUUCCUUGUCUUAAUUGAAGCUUUUUAUUUAUUUAUUUAUUUAUUUAUUAUUCUCUGGUUUUAUGUAUACUUGUUAUGUUC